UCUCCCUGCAUUAUACCCAACGAACGGUAAAUAUUCACAUGUACGGAUUCGUCAACGGUGUGGAUUCCUUCUCCCCAUUACUCUCACAGAGUCGCUGCGCUCUCUCUCUCUCUCUCUCGCGCUCAAGUCCAGCUUGGUCAGGGAGUCAGGACCCUUUAUUGGAGAGGCGACCACUGUCUUUUACUUUAUUCUCUCUUCGUCUUCGUCCUUUCUGUAAUAACUGCUGGGUCUUAAUCGAAAGCGAUAGGCCACAGGAGUAAGCCUUUACUCAGUCCACCUGAGCACUGAGCUUCUUCAUUUGCGCUUCCCCUUCUGCUCCGUGCUGCUCAUUUCAUGGAGAUCUUCGUCAACCCGCGAUGCUCCCAAGUUAGCUCGAAUUGGGUUUCGAUUUUGGCUCGUGGGCUGGCCUGAAACUGCCACUGCUCUGCGUCUUCUCAUUCCCCGUCUUUUGUUCGAUAGUAGGUUCUUUUCGUAGUGUUGGGUUCGAAAUUUCGAGAUAUGAUCUUCCAGGGUCUUAUGGGUUUCGUUUUUUGCUGAUUGUUGGAAUUUUUCCUCAUCUGUGGACAUGGGGUUCAUGAGCAAGUUGGAGGAGAAAAUGGUGGAAUGCAUUGGCUUCAAGCUAAUUCAAAAUAAUAGAUUUGAGCUAGGGUUCUAUGCAUAAAUGUGAUUACAAAAUAUUCUAUUAGAAAAAUAGAAGCAAAAGUGAAGCUUGAUAUGAUGCUUUCAACAUCAGGGUUGGUCCAGCACGGACAUGAAGUGUUAGGAGGGGAGAAGUGUUUGAAUUCGGAGCUGUGGCACGCAUGUGCUGGACCCCUGGUAUCCCUACCAACUGCGGGUACUCGUGUUGUUUACUUUCCUCAGGGUCAUAGCGAGCAGGUUGCGGCCACAACUAACAGGGAAGUUGAUGGUCACAUACCUAACUAUCCAAGCUUGCUACCCCAGUUGAUUUGCCAACUUCAUAAUGUCACAAUGCAUGCAGAUGUUGAAACAGAUGAAGUGUAUGCUCAAAUGAAUCUACAACCUCUAACUCUGCAAGAGCAAAAGGAAACUAUUCUUCCUAUGGAAUUGGGCAUACCAAGUAAGCAGCCCUCAAAUUAUUUUUGCAAGACAUUAACAGCGAGUGACACUAGCACACAUGGAGGGUUCUCUGUUCCUCGUCGUGCGGCUGAGAAAGUCUUUCCUCCUCUGGAUUACUCACAUCAACCACCAGCACAAGAACUAAUUGCUAGGGAUCUCCAUGAUGUUGAGUGGAAGUUUCGUCAUGUUUUUCGGGGACAGCCAAAACGGCACCUUCUUACAACAGGCUGGAGUGUAUAUGUUAAUGCCAAGAGACUAGUGGCUGGAGAUUCUGUGCUUUUUAUAUGGAAUGAAAAGAAUCAGCUUCUUUUGGGAAUACGUCGCGCCAAUCGACCACAAGCUUUGAUGCCUUCAUCAGUUCUAUCUAGUGAUACUAUGCACAUUGGAUUGCUUGCAGCUGCUGCUCAUGCUGCUGCAACUAAUAGCUGCUUUACUAUCUUCUAUAAUCCAAGGGCUUGUCCAUCAUCCGAGUUCGUUAUACCUCUUUCAAAAUAUAUCAAAGCUGUGUGCCAUACACGUGUUUCAGUUGGUAUGCGUUUUAGAAUGCUAUUUGAGACUGAGGAGUCAAGUGUUCGCAGAUAUAUGGGUACAAUAACUGGUAUAAGCGAUCUGGAUCCUGUUCGCUGGCCAAACUCUCACUGGAGAUCAGUAAAGGUCGGUUGGGAUGAAUCGACAGCAGGAGAGAGACGGCCAAGGGUUUCACUCUGGGAAAUUGAGCCUUUGACAAUAUUCCCAAUGUAUCCAUCACUAUUUCCCCUCGGAUUGAAACGCCCCUCACCUGUCAAUGAUGUCAGAGAUGAUGCAAAUAAUGGGCUAAUGUGGCUUAGAGGGGGAGCUGGAGAACAUAGUUUAAACUCUUUAAACUUUCAAAGUGGUGGUGUGUUGCCGUGGAUGCAGCAGAGGUUGGAUCCAACUUUGUUAGGAAAUAAUCAUAAUCAGCAGUACCAAUCAUUGUUAGCGGCUGGUUUGCAGAAUCGAGGGAAUGGAGAUCUAUUGAGGCAACAAAUGAUGCAUUUUCAGCAGACUUUCCCUUUUCUUCAACAAUCAGGAAACCAAAAUCCUUCUUUGCAAUUUCAGCAGCAGCAGGCAAUUCAGCAAUCAACCUCAUCCAAUAAUCUGCAGCCACAAGAACGUGUAUUAAUGGAGAACUUGUCACAGAACCUUCUUCAGAAAUCACAUAACAUUUACAAUCAGGAAGAACAAGCACAGCAGCAGAAUAAUACUUAUCAUGAUUCAGUCUUGAUUCAAAGUGAUCAGUUCCUUCAGAGGCAACAUUCUAAUGUGCCUUCACCAUCAUAUUCAAAGCCGGAUUUCUUAGAUUCAAGCAUGAAGUUCUCUUCAUCAGUUUCCCCCAUACAAAAUGUACCCGCUUCACUGUGCCGUGAAGGGAGUGGUAGUGAUAUUUUAAACCUAUCCAGAACCAGUCAGUCCAUGGUGACUGAACAGAUGCCCCAACAAUCUUGGACAUCGUCGAUGUAUCCACCUAUGCAGGUCAAGGCCUUUAGCAAUUUGAUGUCACAUGCACAUUAUAGUGGAAAAGAUUCUUCAUCAGUACAUCCAUAUUGUGCUUCAGAGAACCAAAAUCCUACUCUUUUUGGUAAUAAUAUCAAUUCAUCUGGCCUUGUGCUCCCAACUACUGCCACGGGAUAUGCACCUUCAUCUGUUGAUACUGAUACUUCAACCAUGCAAAUGGGGGAUUCUGGAUUUCAGGGUCAACUAUAUGCUUGCAUGCAAGAUUCACCAGAGUUAUUGCAAAGUUCUGGGCAGGUUGGCCCGCGAAACCAAACCCAGACAUUUGUCAAGGUUUACAAAUCAGGGUCAGUUGGCCGCUCACUUGAUAUCUCCCGGUUCAGCAGCUAUCAUGAACUGAGAGAAGAAUUGGCUCAGAUGUUUGGAAUUGAGGGAGAAGACCCUCUUAGAUCAGGCUGGCAGCUUGUAUUUGUCGACAGGGAGGAUGACAUGCUUCUCCUUGGAGAUGAUCCGUGGGAAUCAUUUGUCAAUAAUGUUUGGUACAUCAAAAUACUUUCACCUGAAGAUAUCCAAAAAAUGGGAGAGCAUGUGGUGGGACUGGAACCCUUAGGUCGCAACGCCGGAUAGAGGUCCAAGACAAGAGCAGAAUCUCAGGACCUUUUUUCCGAACAACAUGCAAUUGGCCUGCAUGAGUACUAACAGUAGUUCAGAAAUGUAUUCUCCCAUGGUCCAGAGAUAAUUCUACUUGUUUAUUACUUUUAUUUUAACGUUACGUGCACCUUGCUUAGUACUGUUUCACCAGCACCAUCUUUAAUGAUUCUAGGAUUGAUUAGAAGAACUUGGGAUAUUACGUGUGCCUAUUUUCAACUUGUACUUACUGCAAGCUUGAAACACAGCAGUUUGAAUCAUUUUUUUGUAGUGCUCAAAUGAGAUAUUCUAUCAGGGCGACAAAUUGAGAGAUGUGGGAUAAGAUUAGGAGUUAAAGAGAAAAACUUUCAAAGAUUAGAAGCUUUCCCGAUCAGAUGAUGACAUGGAGGACCUAAUUUAGUAAAUACUUCUGUGGUCUUGUAUUUGUUCUGUGGUCUUUCAAUUUAGUAAAAGGGAGAGAGAUAAUAUUUGUUUUGAUUCUAUUUAUAGAAUAUUUUUAUGAUUUGUGUC